CAGAACUUUUUUCUUCCCGGACUGUCCUGAAGGAUCCAGCAGAAAAGUAUAGGGAACAGUGGAAGUUCGGACUGCCUUCUGGCCCCCGAAGAAAGACCCGGGGCGCUUUCUGCAUUCAGAAUAUGGCAGAGAGCAGUAGUGCCGCCACAGCCCCUUCGGGCGGGCCCGGGGCCAAAAGCUCCUCGAGCACCUGGUGGAAAUCUCUGUCCAGUAGAAAGAAAAGCAAAGAAAUCCCGCCGCUGGAUCCCACUGAGCUCCUCUUCGCCCCUCCCAACUCUUCAGACUCUUGGGAGAACCAAUCGCCUAUUGGCAACCGUCGCAAUCUCAAGAUUUCCCACUCGGGCCGCUUCAAGGAAAAAAGGAAGCCUCGCACAAGCCUGCUCGCCGAAAGUCCGCAAAAGCUGUUUGAAGGUGCGGGUGGAGGCGGCGCUGCCCCGGCUAGCCCCGCGCCUGCGCAUCCCAGCGAAGAGACUCGGGGCGAGUGACGGGCUCUCUCUCCUACCCCGCCCUGCUUGACUGCCAUUUGCCGACGUGGGGUGGAGGGGGGAAAAGAGCAGGAGGAGGGGCUGUCUUUACCGGGGACUGCUGCUUGUUUCGUUCCUCGUCCUUCCUCCAGCAGGAAUUGGUUUUGCUCUGAGAACAAGGAGCUUUGACGCUGCUUGAGGCAUUUAUUCCCAAAUUAGUUUCGAAAAUCUCCCCUGUUGCUGGUGGAAUGGAGCUUCUCCAUUUUAAUUGAAGACAUGCCUUUCAUCUCAGGGGCAACAAAACGAUGUAAAACGAGACCAGCGAAUGACGCAAUGAAGGGUAAAGGCACUGGUUACAUCCCCAUGAAAUUAAUGCGUGCAAGGACAAUAUUCCCUAUGAAGUUGUCACUAUGAAUUAUUUACUGUCUUGCAGGAAGCGUUCUAGUUUCAGUUGCAUCCAUGUAUGAAUAUUACUUUCAUUUAAAAAAAAAAAAACCUGUACCUCUUAAUUUAAUAUUUCAAAUU